AUGAAGAGAGGAGAAGGAGUUCUUCCCACCGUCAUUAUAGCCGCUCGGAACGAAAUACUGAACACAGAGAAAUACGCCACAGGAGAUAUCAACGUUCCGAAUCCUCAAGAAGAAGACGAGAACCUUCUCAUCACGAAAGUAAAAGGCGGCAGAGAUCGCGUUCUCGAUCUUCAAGUACAGACAGACACCGAAGAAGAUUAUGCUUGCCUAGAUUUAUUUUUGAAGAUGCGAUCUUCUCAUCGCCACGAAAGUCGCACGAGGCGAGAUCGACAAGGCAAGGAGAGAGAACGGAUCGAUCGUGAAAAAAUCGAACGACGAGAUCUUCCAGAUAACAGUGUCCGAUCAGUUCACUCAACUUCGAGCAAUUCAAGCAGCCGUAAUUCAACUAGUUCUCACGAAGAGAAGAGAAACGAUUCAGAUGAUUCAAUUGAUUCGAGUUCUAGUUCUAGCAUCGUGAAAGACAAUUCUGAAUUAUCUGAAAAGAGUAAAGAAUCAAAUUCAGAUAAUGAUCAUUCGCCUAGUUUCCCUUCAGUAAACGAAACGAAUUCGAGUCCAGUUAGCGCAGAUCAAACCAGAAAUUUAUCAGACGAAUCUAGUGUUGGAUCUUCUUUUUUCAAUGAAAAUUCUGAUGGUGAAUUUCUUGACAUCGACAAUGACAUAGACGAUAAUAACUCCUUGUUCGACGAGUUGCCACCUUAUUUACCGGGUAUCCAAGGAGCUCGUAGCGUUGAAGAAUACAAAUGUUUAAAUCGUAUAGCAGAAGGAACUUUUGGUGUUGUCUAUAGAGCACAAGAUAAGAGAACUAAAGAGAUAUUCGCUCUGAAAAAAUUGAAACUGCUGGAAAAUGGUGCUGAUGACUGUGGUUUUCCAAUUACAAGUUUGCGUGAAGUGAAUACGCUUUUAAAAGCUCAGCAUCCCAAUAUUGUUACUGUUCGAGAAAUCGUUAUCGGAAAUAAUACAGAGAAAAUAUACAUGGUUAUGGAUUACGUGGAACACGAUUUGAAAUCUCUAAUGGACACCAUGAAAGAGAAUCAUCAAGUAUUUCUUGAGAGCGAAGUUAAAUGUUUGACGCAACAACUGUUGCGAGCGGUAGCACAUAUACACGACAAUUGGAUUCUCCAUAGAGAUCUCAAAACAUCAAAUUUAUUACUCAGUCAUAACGGAAUUUUGAAGGUUGGUGAUUUCGGCCUAGCUAGAGAAUAUGGAUCUCCGAUAAAACCAUAUACCUCACUCGUUGUAACAUUGUGGUAUAGAGCUCCAGAAUUACUACUAGGUAGUAAAACUUAUAGUACACCUGUCGAUGUAUGGUCGGUUGGAUGUAUUUUUGCCGAGUUACUCAAAAUGCAACCACUUUUUCAAGCGAAAUCAGAGAUCGACCUUUUAAACAGAAUAUUCAAAGAAUUAGGAACGCCAGACGAUCGAAUAUGGCCAGGGUAUAGCGAUUUGCCUUUUACCAAAAAAAUUAAUUUUCGGCAAUAUCCAGCGGGAAAGAUCCGACAAAAGUUCAAUAUUUUAUCAGAAUUAGGAAUGGAUUUACUCCAAAAAUUUUUAACUUACGAUCCGGAGCGACGAAUCUCAGCGGCAGAAGCAUUGGAACAUGGUUACUUCGACGAGUCUCCAGAGCCGAUUGACCCAUCAAAAUUUCCCACGUGGCCUGCCAAGUCAGAAUUUGGAAAACGAUCUGUUAUUCAAUCUCCUAAAGCUCCAAGAGGUGGACACCAAUGUUUAGACGCUGUGGAAAACGUAAAAGAGGAAGAAGUUGCUUCUGGUUUUCACAUGGGUGGACGCGCGGUCAGUCGACAAGCCAUUGGCGCUGGAUUUCAUCUCAAAUUUUAACGCAUGUAACGAUGAAAAACUUUUUUUAUGUAAACAAACGUGACGUAAAGAACGUAAACGAA